ACCGCCCAGCUAAUUUGCCACUUCACCAAAAAUUCUAAAAUCCAAAUUAUUUGCUCACCGGCCAGCUCUAUUCUCUCCACCUCCCUGCAUCAUUGAAGAACAAGCUCUAUGAGAUUAAAAUAACAAAACUUGAAAUACACUUUCACUUCUCUAAUCCUGCUUCACCGCUCAGCUUAUUUGCCGCUUCACCAAAAAUUCUAAAACCCAAAUUAUUUGCUCACCGCCCAGCUCUCUACUCUCCACCUCCCUGCAUCAUUGAAGAACAAGCUCUAUGAGAUUUUGAACUAUCUUUGUUCUUGGGUCUAACUUUUUCUAGCUUGUUUCCCUCUUUUCCCCCAUGACUGAAGUGGUUGCCAGAAUCCGAUGCUCACCAUUGCAACUAACCAUGGCUGAUCAAGUGUUUUUAAUCACAGAUAUUAGAGUCAAUGAGGAAGGUGUUGAAGAUAUUGAAACUUUGCUUGUAAUGGUGGUGCGUAGUGAGGAUGAAGCAUAUAAAUUGUACAAUGACUAUGCCAUUCAAAUUGGGUUUAGUGUUCGGAAAGAAAAAAUCAGAUAUGCAAAACAUGUUGUAAGACAACGAGAUUAUGUGUGUUCAAAAAAAGGAUUCGCACGAGAUAGUGACAAUUUGGAUGAUAAGAAGUUCAAAAAAUUACAAACUAGGAUCGGUUGUGAAGCUAGUAUCCGAUUUACAGUGACAAAUGGUGAGUGGAAGGUUACUCACUUCAAUCCUAUUCAUAAUCAUGAGCUUGCAAAGCCAGAAGAAAGGCCAUUUCUAAGGCCGAAUCAAAAAAUAACUGAUGCUCAGUUAGGUGUUAUAAAAACUUUCAAGGAAGCAGGUAUAUGAAUAAUAAGUGCAUAUUCCUAUUUAGUUCAAGAAGUUGGAGGGUUUGAAAAUAUUGGAUUUAUAAAACGAGAUUGCUAUAAUGUGGUAAACAAGCAGAAGUUAAUCAAUGUUGAGGCUGGAAAUGCUCAAAGUUUAGUAAACCACUUUAAACAGAGGCAAGCAGA